AUGGCUACCACUUCUGCUUCCUUCGCUCGCUUCUCCGUUAUCUCGCGACCUUCUUCCGAUUCAAGUUAUGUCCUCUUCAACGUCGCCCCCGAACCGGAACCCCCAAUUCCCGUACUGGAGAAGGCGAAAAGCGACGUGGAGAAGGUGUUCUCGGGAUUCUCCAAGACCCGCAACAACCUCACCGUCAUCGACGAGCUUCUCCUCUAUUGGAACCUCGCCGAAACCGACCGAGUCCUCGACAAACUCGAAGAGGCUCUUUUAGUUUCUGAUUUUGGGCCGAAAAUCACUAUUAAAAUUGUGGAGAAUUUGCGUGAGGAUAUAUUUUCAGGGAAGCUUAAAUCAGGGAAUGAGAUAAAGGAAGCACUGAAGAGAAAUGUUUUGGAAUUGUUAACCUCCAAGGGGAGUAAAACAGAACUACAACUUGGAUUCAGGAAGCCAGCUGUAAUAAUGAUAGUUGGUGUUAAUGGUGGAGGGAAGACAACAUCUUUGGGAAAGCUGGCCUAUAGAUUGAAGAAUGAAGGGGUUAAGAUACUUAUGGCAGCUGGUGAUACAUUUAGAGCAGCCGCUAGUGAUCAGUUGGAAAUAUGGGCUGAAAGGACUGGGUGUGAAAUUGUUGUGGCUGAAUCAGAGAAAGCGAAAGCAUCAUCAGUGCUUUCACAGGCUGUAAAAAAGGGAAAAGAGCAAGGUUUUGAUAUAGUAUUAUGUGAUACAUCUGGGCGUUUACACACUAAUUACAGCCUAAUGGAAGAGUUGAUUUCUUGUAAAAAGUCUGUUGCUAAAGUCAUUCCAGGUGCACCCAAUGAGAUCCUACUGGUUCUUGAUGGGACUACCGGUUUGAAUAUGUUGCCACAAGCUAGAGAAUUCAAUGAUGUUGUGGGCAUUACUGGUUUGAUUUUGACCAAACUGGAUGGUUCUGCUAGAGGUGGCUGUGUGGUCAGCGUGGUUGAUGAGCUUGGAAUCCCUGUAAAAUUUGUGGGUGUCGGUGAAGGUGUUGAAGACCUUCAACCCUUUGAUGCGAAUGCCUUUCAGAAACAGCUUGACAUGAAUGCAGAGCAGCACCGGGUCGACGGAAAGAUUGCACUUUAUUAUGGAACUAGUUCUUGGGAGAGGCCAAGCAUUGCGAAUGUGUACAGCAUUUUCAGGUGA